GCUAGUGAAUCCUCUCGGGGAUUACAGAAGUCACCAUUGCCAGUACCUGAUGCACAACCUGCGUCUAAGUCGUUAUCAUCAUCUGAUGUGCAACUCGCCUCUUUAGAAAAUUCACCUUAUAUCAGUAGCAGCGAAGAAGAAUUCUCCAGUGAUAGCAAUGGAUCUCAAAGUGAUGUGAACGAGUAUGAUCAAUUUACAAGAGACGAAAGGGGUAAUAUGAAAUAUAUUGGAAAAAGUUCGGGUGCCUAUGUAUUUACCAAAAAGAUUGUCAGUCGCCAUAUCAUCGUUUGUGAUGAUCUCAACUCCUCGAAAAGAUUAGCAGACAAGAGAAUUCUCUCGGAACUUCCAUCAAGAAAAUUAUGCGAUCAAAUGUUAGAUUUAUAUUGGAAAAAAUAUUCCUUUCAUCCUCCUCUCAUCGAUAAGCAGGAUUUCAUGGAAAAAUACAAUAAUAUGGACGCAAGUUAUGAUCAUAUUAUACUUCUCUACGCUAUCCUCGCCGUUGUUUCGAUAUUUGCCGACGAUAACGCCGACAUUUCUUCCGUUUCAGGCAUAAAUUUUUAUCAUCGUACGUAUGAAUUGCUCAAGGAGGAAUUCGAUUAUUCAACCUUGUCCAUCAUUCAAGCUUUGUUGUUAAUGGCCUGGCAUCAUAAAGAAAGGCUCAAUUCACAUACCUGGAUAUUUACUGG